AUGGAGAUUGACGACUGCCAACCGCCAGCCGAAAUUUGCCAGAAGUGCCGCGAAGCUCUGAAUGAGCGUUUCAUAAAGUGCACUCAAUGUCCUAAUUCACUAAUUUUAUGUUUGAAAUGUUUUUCUCAAGGAGAAGAGUUGGAAAGUCAUGAUAAUAGUCAUGACUAUGAGGUUCACAGCAAAAAUUCAGUCAGAUUAAUGUUAUUUGGUGACAGAUGGACAGUUGAGGAGGAAAGCUCACUGUUAGAAGCUGUUGAACAUUUUGGCUUUGGCAAGUGUGAGGAACAUUAUCUUCUUUACUAUGUGGACGGCUCCAUUGGAAAAAGUUGA